CCCAGGGCCACCAUGUCUGGAGACUACGAGGAUGGCCUCUGCCGACGGGCCCUCAUGCUGGCUUCAGACCUCUGUGCUCGCGUCCGGGAUGCUGACACCAGUGACAGGUGCCAGGAGUUCAAUGAACUGCGAAUCCGAGGCUACCCCCGGGGCCCUGAUGCAGACAUUUCUGUGAGCCUGCUGUCUGUCAUCGUGACCUUCUGUGGCAUCGUCCUCUUAGGGGUCUCUCUCUUCGUGUCUUGGAAGCUGUGCUGGGUGCCCUGGCGGGACAAGGGUGGCUCUGCAGUGGGUGGUGGCCCACUGCGGAAGGACCUGAGCCCCGGGGUUGGGCUGGCUGGCCUGGUGGGUGGUGGUGGGCACCACCUGGGGUCUGGCCUGGGUGACCACCCUCUGCUUGGCGUCCCCCCACACCAUGCCCACGCGGUCCACCAUCCGCCCUUCGCUGAGUUGCUGGAGCCGGGCAGCCUGGGUGGCUCUGAGCCCCCUGAACCUUCUUACCUGGAUAUGGACUCGUAUCCAGAGGCCGCCGCCGCCGCAGCUAUGGUGGCCGCUGGGGUCAAGCCGAGCCAGACAUCUCCAGAGCUGCCCUCCGAGACUGGGGCAGGGUCGGGGCUGCUCCUGUUGCCCCCCAGUGGAGGGGGCCUGCCCAGCGCACAGUCACACCAGCAAGUCACAAGCCUGGCGCCUACCACCAGGUACCCAGCCCUGCCCCGGCCCCUCACCCAGCACACGCUGACAACGCAGCCGGAGCCAAGCAGCGAGGAGCGGCCGCCAGCCCUGCCCUUGCCCCUGCCCGGAGGCGAGGAAAAGGCCAAACUCAUUGGGCAGAUUAAGCCAGAGUUGUACCAGGGCACAGGCCCCGGCGGCCGCAGGGGCGGAGGCUCUGGAGAGGGGGGAAACCCCUGUGGCCGCAUCAGCUUUGCCCUGCGGUACCUCUAUGGCUCCGACCAGCUUGUCGUGCGGGUCCUUCAGGCCCUGGACCUCCCAGCCAAGGACUCCAAUGGCUUCUCCGACCCUUACGUCAAGAUCUACCUGCUGCCGGACCGCAAGAAGAAGUUCCAGACCAAGGUGCAUAGGAAGACCCUGAACCCCGUGUUCAAUGAGACGUUCCAGUUCUCUGUGCCCCUGGCCGAGCUGGCCCAGCGCAAGCUGCAUUUCAGCGUCUACGACUUCGACCGCUUCUCACGGCAUGACCUCAUCGGCCAGGUGGUGCUGGACAACCUCCUGGAGCUGGCCGAGCAGCCCCCUGACCGCCCGCUCUGGAGGGACAUCAUCGAGGGUGGCUCGGAAAAGGCAGAUCUUGGGGAGCUCAACUUCUCACUCUGCUACCUCCCCACCGCCGGGCGCCUCACAGUGACCAUCAUCAAAGCCUCCAACCUCAAAGCGAUGGACCUCACUGGCUUCUCAGAUCCCUACGUAAAGGCCUCUCUGAUCAGUGAGGGUCGACGUCUGAAAAAGCGGAAAACCUCCAUCAAGAAGAACACCUUGAACCCCACGUACAACGAAGCGCUGGUGUUCGAUGUGGCCCCCGAGAGCGUGGAGAACGUGGGGCUCAGCAUCGCAGUGGUGGACUACGACUGUAUCGGGCACAACGAGGUGAUCGGUGUGUGCCGUGUGGGCCCCGAGGCGGCCGACCCCCACGGCCGGGAGCACUGGGCUGAGAUGCUGGCCAACCCGCGCAAGCCAGUGGAGCACUGGCACCAGCUGGUGGAGGAAAAGACCCUGACCAGCUUCACAAAAGGCAGCAAAGGACUAUCAGAGAAAGAGAACUCAGAGUGAGGGGUCUGGCCUAGGCUGGGGAUUGAACCAGGGCCCCUGAUGACCCCAUCCCUUCCUGCCCGGACCGUAAACUCAUCUCCUCGAAGCCAUAGUGUCCGAGCCGCCGGUGCAGGCAGCCCUGGGCCUGCGCUCCUCCCCCCUGGAGGCGUGCAGGCGGGCGGGAGGCUGCUGGACCCAGGCCCCUGUUUCAGGGUGGGGGGCAUUCAGCCUCCACUGUUUGUCUUCUGUUCCCUGGGGUUCCCCCACAAGGCAAGGGGCCAUGCAUGUCUGGGGGACCCCCUCUCCCUAGAUCCUCUGUCGGUCUCUGUCUCUUUACUGUUGUCCAAGACUUGGUGUCCUGACCCUGGUUCUCGCCGUGAAUGUCACUGGGCCAAUCCUCUGUGUGACCCCAGACACAUACACACACACACACAUACACACACACACACACACACACACACAUCUGUAUCCACCCCUGCGCACCACUCUGUAGUCCAGCCGAUCCCCGCC